CGCCAACGUCGAGGCUUAUUAGUUCGUUUGGCGUUUUUCCUCUCAGCAACAAUGACCUUCACUCGCUUCGUUUCUAUCGGCCGCGUGGUGCUUAUCAACUACGGCCCGGACGCCGGCAAGAUCGCCACGAUCAUCGACGUGGUGGACGAGAACAAGGCCCUGGUGGAUGGUCCUUUCAGCGUCACAGGCGUGAACCGUCACGUGAUUAACUUCAAGCGUCUGUCCCUUACGGACCUGACCGUGGACAUCCCCCUCCAGGCUCGCGAGAAGACUCUUAAGAAGGCUCUUGCUAAGGCCGACACCCUCGCGAAGUGGGAGGCCUCGAUCUGGGCUAAGAAGUUGCACAACAAGAAGACGCGCGCUGAGCUGAGCGACUUCGACCGCUUCAAGGCUAUGAUCGCCCGCAAGCAGAAGAGCUCGCUGGUUAAGAAGGCUGUUGCCGCCGCCCGCAAGGCCAACUAAGCGACUAGAGUUCGGCCUUGUCUUUGACUGCUGGGUGCUUGCAGGUUCUUCUUAGCGAUUCUGCAGCAGAUGGACGCGACAGAUUUAGUCGCGACAGGAAGCUGCAGGCUACGAGGAACAAUAAACGUCCUAAUUGGUUAUUUUGCUGAUAACCUCAUUGCUAAACACUA